CGAUCACUGCGCUGGUGGUGAUACGGCGGUCCUUGUCAAAAUUAGGAGGGUUGUUUGGACCGCAGUUUCGCUGUACGGUCCCUAUUAAUACGUGUAUGCCGCGCAGACUUGUGAAGAGGGCAUCUGUGAUGAAAAUUCUGUGGUGCCUUCAAUAGCCCAGUGGUUAAGCAAUGGUUUAGGAGCUGAGUCGCUGGGAGACGAGUGGUUUUCAGUCUGCGAUAAUGGCAACAGCCCAGGGUAUGUCAGACCCUCAGUGCUUUGAAACAGCUACUCGUUGACGGCAAAAUACUCGAACAGACCGCAUAAUUAAAAAGCAGCGUUUACCCUCGAUUAGUUGAACACCGACGCAAACGAGUCAACAAUGGCGGAUGUUACGGAAGCUAAAUCAUCUCGCUGCCGACAUACACACGACGAUGGAGACAAGAGUUCGAGUCGAAGGACCGACCCUGUGAAGGGGACCAACACCCCUUCCCAGGCGAAUUCCGUGGGGUCCAUCGAUUCAAAGAAGGGCAUGGACUCUCAAGUCUCCUUGAAACACUCGCAUGGUGACAGGAGGUCAUCUGUCGCCUCAAAGGUAGCUUCCAGAGAUUCUGUUAGUGAGGCCUCGGUACCAGAAAACCUCUCCACCGAUGAGGUGUCGGAGAGAGCGUCACUUGAGGCUUCUGUAAGCAGGAGGUCCACGUCUGGGAAUCUCCAAGAGCAAGCUUCUUCAGUGACUUACUCAACGGAUUCAGACAUCUCCCAAUCUCCAUCUGGACUGAGAGGAGCUGCGGAUAACAGGAGCGCAAGAGGUGAUUCUCUUUAUUCCAGUCGGGUUGCAUCUUUUAGUGAGGUGUCUGAUAAAUGCAGCAUCAAGACCACAGUAAGACAUGAUGACACAGAAAGAGGUGACAUUGAGAGAGGCAGUAGAACUUUCCUGGAACAAGAUGCCAGUGAGGGUUACGAACCAUCUGAGAAUGAAGCCUACUCUGUGGAUUUGGAGAACCGAGACGACGAGGUUACACAGGGGGACACCAAUAUGGCCGCCGUCUUCUCCUCCUUCAUUCAGGCCAUACGCGAGGAGACACAGCGCCUUGAAGAUAUCGAGAACCUUCGGAAAUUCGAAAGCUCUCACGUCCGUGGAAUGUUGGGCGAGCUGACGGAGACACUGAGGGACACCGAGGACCAGAGCCUGCGGCUUUUCGAGGGGAUUGAGGCUAUCCGUGACGCUGCACAAGGAUUGAAGAAGACGCUCGAGGCACGGAUGAACAGAUCAACUAAUGCUGAGGCUGAGGCGAUGACGGAGGGACAAGAAACCACAGAUAAUAAAAAGGCUCAUUCCAGAGCGGUGGCCGCGGUCUCUGCUGCUAAGGCGUUAUUGGCUGAGGUGGCAUUGGACGUGACGGCAGCCACCAGGAUGGCCGCAGAGGCGGAAUCAGCCGCGGCGGAGGCAGCAGUCGCUGCAGAAAACGCCGCAGAAGAGAUCGAGGAGAUCGAAGAAAAGCUUGGGGAGGCAGAGACGGGAGCAGGCCUGGAAACAGAUGAGGUAGAGGAAGAAGACAUAACCGGUGAUGAGGAUGGCGAAAAGCAGGAAGACGAUGAUGAAGAUAAUGAUGACGCAAGACAGUCAGAAGAGGAUGCCUCCUCUAGACCUGAAGAAGAUGCGAAUGCAGUUCCAGAUGAGGAAUUACAGGCAAAGAGAGAAGACGAAUACAUAAACGGAGAUCAUAGAGACAAAGAGGAAGAUGUUUUUGAAGAGGACACUGAAGGAACGGACGAGAGAAAAGUGGAGACGCCAAAACCUCCAGAAUCGCCUAAGAGAAGAAAAAGCAUCAAAGACAACGUGAUGGAAUGGCCCUACCACAUAUUGAACCUUCCUGAUCAUGACUUCACCGAUGACGAAAUCGGCUGUAUCCUUCGCUAUAAGGAGGAGUACUUCACCACCUCGACUCCAGACUUCCGGUGCGUGGUCAACAAUCACAUGAGCGUGGACGCAGUGGGGGACAGCGAGGAGAUGGUCAGCCACGUGGUGACCGUUGAGCAUGUCGAGGACACAUCGUCUAACGAGCUGGAAGCUCCCAUCGCAGUGGCUGUCCCCUACGGUGUCAGCACUCGUAUGAUGAACACGAGGGAGUUUGCGGUGAAGUUUAAAGGUGGGAACGAGGACGAAUGGAAGGUCAUCCCCAUGCUGACUACGGACAGUUCGUUUGCAGAGCACAAGGGUCCCUUCGCCGAGGUUCGCACCACCCACUUAGGUUCCUUCGCCGUCAUUGCUCGCCUGAUCAAGGAUAGACAGACGAUCACCAAGAAGGGGGGCGUGGUCAAAUCCUCGAGCGAUCAUCGAAUGAACGUCACCUACCCUCCCGGAAUGUGCAGCCUCAUGAGUGUCACACUGCAGGUACAACCGGCAGAGCAGGCAGUGAGCGAACUCAGGGAACGCAUGCGUCAUUGUUCUGAUCUCAUCACUGCGAGUCCCAUCAUCACUCUUAGCCAUUCCUCUGAUAAACCCUUCGAGAAGCCCGUGACGGUCACCAUCCCCUGCCCGCCCAACCCGCUCAAGCUCCCAGUACCGGGCGGCAAUGCAAGCACCACCCAACAUAAGCUGGCGGAGAGACAGGUCCCGCUGUCACCGGACGGAGCCGUGAUCAUACGGGGAACCAAAAGCAGUAUCUUCGGCGGAGACCCGGCCGAAGACACGCUGCAUUUGAUGUACCGACAAUCCAACUGGAGUUACUGGAACGAGUUUGAGAAUGCCCAGUUUAAGCAAGUCCGCAAGGACCUGGUGUCAAUGGAGCUGGACAAACCCGUGGACAAACUUCUCAUCCUUCGCAUGACUUCCGACGGUCGCUAUCCGGCCAAGAACGUAGCCCAGACCUUCGAGAAGGCCCUGCAGAUCAAGUACGCCAGCAUCAUCCUGCAUCACCGAGUCGACGACCCGCAGCGCGUGGUGGUCCAAUGUGUGCCGGCCAGGCAGCUCGACAGCGCACUGAGACGGCUAAGCCAGGAAGGCUACGAAGGACCACCAGAGCCCAGCGCGGAUGUGGCCAUGACGGAAGGACAAGAGAUUACGAUGAAGUUCAGCGGUAACAUCAAGAUCGUCGGCCGUGAUCAGAUCACGUUCACCUUCCACUCGCAGCGGAGGAACUUGGUGGAGUUCCUGGUCGAGGAAACCAACAAGUUUGGCAAUCACAGCUCGGACGAGUACCGGGGAGUGGGGUUUUACGGCACGCCACGCAUCACGCUCACGGACAUGGAAGAUCCCGAAGAGGUUCUUCUCCGGGAAGCUGAGGCAAAGGCAGCUGAGAAGGAGAACAAGCGCUCGGGGACAUCCAUGCUGACCAAGGCUGAGAAGAAGAAACCCGAGGGGGUAGAUGGGGCUGGACGGGACUACCAGAGCCUGCGGAAGGUAGAGCCGGACCUCAUCUGUAAACUGUCGGUCUUGCUACCAAAGGCUGAGCCAGAGCCUCCACUACCGCCGAGUCGGUACCGCGCUACCGCUAUUGACGCGGGAGGUGCGGCGAGUAACACCAAUCUGCGAUGGUUAUCUUCUGAGUUGGGUAAUGAGUGGGAAUCCUUGGCUACCGUGCUAGGGAUAAAGAGAAGCCGGCUACAGAGCAUCAAGCGAAACAAUCCAAUCAAGGUAGAGCAUCAGGUGUUCGACAUGUUGGUCACAUGGCGGAGCAUGCUCCCUCGAGCCUACGACAAGGAGCGGAAGUUGUGCCGGGCCCUGGUGCGGUGUGGACGGUACGACCUCGCUGAGGAACUGAAGGAAAGAGACGUCGCGAACGCAGAGACCGAUACAGCUCAUAAUAACAACGUGAACCUUCUUGAUAUGGAUGAAUAUUAGAAUGGAGGGUGAGAGAUGUAAUGAUGGGGGGCCUGUCAUCAUGGACACAUUCUCAAAGCGCAUUUACAACUAUUCAGUAGAACAGCGCCCCCAGUCGGUAUAACAAGACCCGAGAGAAAGGUAGACUAGUUCCCAGUCUUUACAUAUCGCCCGUCAAGCAGCGGAAAUCAAGAGUGUCAUGUAGAGGUAUCUCUCCAGGGUACGUUUUUCUUCCACGAUACUUAGUAAACAAGAAAGCAUGUUUUUAACAGCAGUGUGGAUUUUGCAAAUUUUAUUUAGGAAAGCACUUUAUCCAGUUUCUCCUCACACUAGUUUGCAUCCAUCUUCAAAAUGAAGCUUCACCUAGUUGUCAACACCUUCAAAAUUAUUCAUGUUACACUGUGGCCCUUGGGUCAAGCCCCUGUAAUUCGACCUACGCACAGUCACUCACCAACCUAAUACGCAACUGUGAGAUUGUACCUAAACCUAAAUCACUCAAAAAUUUACUUUGUUGCAAUGAAAUACAAAUUAUGCACUUUCUUAACUUAUAUUUGUAUAAAUUAAUUACACAAUUCAC